GCGCGACUUGGUUGCGUCGGUCACGGAGGAACAGUAGGUUAUAGCGCCCGCCGGCAGACUCCGAGUGUUCAUCAAUCGUAACUUAGUACUGCUCAGAACGCCGAUCACGGUCGGUGAUAGUCACCUUAUCAUUGAUAAUGAGUGUUCAAUUCAUCAACAAUCUAAAUUCUUCCACAAGCCAGCCAAGUCAAGCUCACUCGCACGAGCUUGGUGGUGCGCCUCACGAUCAUGGCGACCACGGUCAUACACACGAGCACCUAGAUCACCCAGGUAAAUUUGCAGAGCGGGACCUCCCCGACUAUUCGUUACGAAACUUCCAAGAAAGAGGCUUUACCAUCGGAAUUGGCGGACCUGUUGGUUCCGGUAAAACAGCCUUGACCCUUGCGUUAUGCAAGAAGCUUCGUAAUAAAUAUAACAUCGCUACUGUGACGAACGAUAUCUUCACUCGCGAAGACCAGGAGUUCCUUAUUAAGAAUAAGGCUCUCCCGACGCCUCGCAUUCUAGCUAUUGAGACCGGUGGCUGCCCUCAUGCGGCGAUCCGCGAGGAUAUCAGUGCAAACAUGGGUGCUUUGGAGACACUUCAAGCAAAGUUUGGCUGCCAACUCCUUUUCGUGGAAAGUGGAGGGGAUAACCUAGCUGCCAAUUAUUCCCGGGAAUUAGCCGACUAUAUUAUAUACGUCAUAGACGUGGCGGGAGGAGACAAGAUUCCCCGUAAAGGUGGGCCAGGAAUUUCGCAGUCUGAUCUUUUGGUAAUAAACAAGAUCGACAUCGCGCAAUAUGUUAACGCAUCUCUUGAUGUGAUGAGGCGUGAUUCGAAACUCAUGCGUGGAGACGGCCCAACCGUCUUUACAAGCAUAAAGAACGACCAAGGCGUCGAUGACAUCGUGGAGCUUAUCUUAGGUGCUUGGCGAACAGCCGGCGAACCCGGCACACAAGGUGCAGUGGGUGAUGUCGAUGAUGAGUGAGGGGCCAAAGAAUGUUUGAAAGAAUUGCAAUACGAUGAACGAGGAUGUGAUAAACGAAUGCUAUGAGAAACUGUAAGCAACUGCCUUGUACCGUAUCGCUGUGUUAAGCAUGAUAUUUUAAACUUUAUUUAACUUUAUUUUGAA